AUGCCAGAAGGCGCAAACGUCAUCUCAGCCGAAUCGUGGGGCGUGUCCGCCUGGACGAAGACAGCAAGAAUAUCUGUCACUCUUUCCGACGGACGCCAUAUGAACUAUUUCCUGAAGUGCUCAACUGGUAGACUGGCAAAAGUCAGUAUGUGGGGAGAACAUUAUUCUGCAAGCAUCAUAGCAGAUCAUCUCCCGGACUUUGGCCCCGGUCCAGUGGGCAAGGGAGAAUACUAUGAUGACACCAAAAUACAUGUCUACUUCUACCUCAUGAACUACCACGACAUGGACCUGCAGAGCCCUCCUGACCCGGUCAAACUCGCUUCCGCAAUAGCGGGACUGCACUGA